UAUAUAAUCUUAAUUUAUAGGCCAACAUCUUAAGAAAUAUUUAUCUUCUAAGAGAACACAAAGAAGAUGAGCUACUUUAGCGGCUGCUGCAGCAAUCUCGUGAAGUUCGUCAUCUUCUUUAUCAUGACGAUGAUGAUUGUAUCCCUUCAAACGUCAAUGGGUUUCGAGGAGGAAGAAGAUAACAAUCACUUGCAGGAGUUUUGGAGCAGAGAGGAAUUGGUGAGGUUGGCUGGUUAUGGUGAAGAGAAGCUAUCAACUGUGCUCAUCACAGGCACUGUUCUUUGUGAUGGAACCCCGCUUGGAGCAUCUCCUGUAUCAGGUGCUUUGGUGGGCAUCAACUGUGGAGAGUGGAGCCAACAAAGUUCUGCAGCAGCAGAAGCAGUCACUGAUGAAUAUGGAGAAUUUCAAAUUGAUCUUCCUUCUCAGCUCCAUGCAAUUCUCAACCUGGAGAAAGCAUGUUCACUUAAAGUUCUGAGAAUGCCAAAGAACUCUGCCUGCAAACUAGCAUUUGGCAAGGAAGGCAAAACACUGACAUUGUUAUUAGCUCGUGACGGCGUUCGCGUAUACAGUGCUGGGGAGAUAAAACUUUCUUCACUCAAAGAUAGAGCAGAGUGAUAGAUACCCAGUUGUCAAGUAGAAGACUGGAAUAGAGAGGACUACGGCUCAUUUGGAUGGCGCUUCAGUCACAGACAUGAGUUGCGAGGGUUGUUCAUAUUUGUGUGUGAGAGAUGUGAGAUUGAGUGAUGAUGCGUCCUGCUUGUAAAUGAUGAAAAUUAUAAUAACAAUAUGGUGCAUAGCAACAAUUUAUGUCAGAAAAUCUCCAGUCCUGAAAUAACCAAGCACAGUAUAAAAAGAGAAACAUUUGAGCUUUUA